UUACCGAGCCGAGCAGCAGCACGCCGCACCGCGCGUUUCGCAUUUUGUUGCAAUUUUCAAGUUAUUUUAACCGAAAAAGUUUGAAAACUCCUUGGAAUUUGCGUGUAACCAGCUAGUACAAAACGAUGGCCGCCGUCGACGAUCUGUUCAACCUGUUUGACGCCGAGAACGAGGAGGAGGACGACGGCGGAAGCGUUCCGAUCGUUGUUCCGGAAGAUAAGCCGGGCAAGAUUGAGGUGGACGACGACGGCGAUGAGGGUGCGGUGAAGGAGGCGGAACCGGUGGCCACAAAGCGGGAGCUGGAGAAGAUUGAAGUCGACGACGACGAUGAUGACGAUGUGGAGGAGGUGGAGCCGUGUAAAAAGGCGAAGAUUGUUGAGUCGUUGCUGGACGAUAUAAACUUGGACAACAUCGAGUCUCGGAUUAAGGUGCACACGAUUCAGUCGCCGGAGGCGUGCACGCACGAGGUGGCCGUCUAUCCGGACCACAAGUACAUGCCGCUGGUGGCGCCGACGGGGAAACCCGCCAAGGAGUACCAGUUUGUGCUGGAUCCGUUCCAGAAGGAGGCGAUUUUGUGCAUUGAGAAUCAGCAGUCGGUGCUGGUGUCGGCGCACACUUCGGCGGGAAAGACGGUGGUGGCGGAGUACGCGAUUGCCAAGUCGCUGGCGGAGAAGCAGCGGGUCAUUUACACGACGCCGAUCAAGGCGUUGUCGAACCAGAAGUACCGGGAGUUUCACGAGGAGUUUAAGGACGUGGGGUUGGUGACGGGGGAUGUGACGAUCAAUCCGUCGGCGUCGUGCCUGAUUAUGACGACGGAGAUUCUGCGGAACAUGCUGUACCGGGGGUCGGAGAUUAUGCGGGAGGUUGGUUGGGUCGUGUUUGACGAGAUUCACUACAUGAGGGACAAGGAGCGGGGCGUGGUUUGGGAGGAAACGUUGAUUCUGCUGCCGGACAACGUGCAUUACGUGUUUUUGUCGGCGACGAUUCCGAACGCGCGCCAGUUCGCCGAGUGGGUUUGCCACAUCCACAAGCAGCCGUGCCACGUGGUCUACACGGACUAUCGGCCGACGCCGCUGCAGCACUAUUUGUUCCCGGUCGGGGGCGACGGAAUUCAUCUGGUCGUGGACGAGAAGGGAACCUUCAAGGAGGACAACUUUAACACGGCGAUGGCGGUGCUGCAGAACGCCGGGGAAGCUGCCAAGGGCGAUCAGAAGGGCAAAAAGGGUGGGUUGAAGGCGACCAACUCGGGCGAAACCAACAUCUUCAAGAUCGUCAAGAUGAUCAUGGAGCGCAACUUUGCCCCGGUCAUCAUCUUUUCGUUCAGCAAAAAGGACUGCGAAAUCUACGCGAUGCAAAUGUCCAAGCUGGACUUCAACUCCACCACCGAGAAGAAGCUGGUCGACGAAGUGUUCAACAACGCGAUGGACGUGCUCAGCGAGGAGGAUCGCCAACUUCCCCAAGUGGAGAACGUGCUGCCGCUGCUGCGCCGCGGAAUCGGCAUCCAUCACGGCGGGUUGCUCCCGAUCCUGAAGGAAACCAUCGAGAUUCUGUUCGGUGAAGGGUUGAUCAAGGCGCUUUUCGCGACGGAGACCUUCGCCAUGGGACUGAACAUGCCGGCGCGAACGGUUCUCUUCACCGGGCCGAGGAAGUUUGACGGAAAGGACUUCCGCUGGGUCACCUCCGGCGAGUACAUCCAGAUGUCCGGACGAGCUGGUCGUCGUGGCCUGGACGACAAAGGUAUCGUAAUUCUGAUGAUUGACGAGGCGGUUUCACCGGCGGUCGGAAAAGAGAUUGUUCAGGGCAAACCGGACCCGAUCAACUCGGCGUUCCACUUGACGUACAACAUGGUGCUGAACCUGCUACGAGUCGAGGAAAUCAACCCCGAGUACAUGCUGGAGCGAUCGUUCUUCCAGUUCCAGAACCAGUCCUCAAUCCCCGAAAUCUACAAAAAGGUCCAGCGCAAACAGAAAGAGCUCGAAGGCGUCCACAUCAAAGACGAACAAUCGAUCAUGACGUACCACAACGUGCGCGAGCAGCUCGACACGCUCGGCAAGCAGUUCCGCGACUACAUCACGAGGCCAACCUACCUGGUCCCGUUCCUCCAGCCCGGCCGCAUGAUCAAGAUCAAAUCGGACGCCGGCGAGUUCGAGUGGGGCAUCAUCGUCAACUUCAAAAAGGAAACCGUCGACGCCAAAGCCAACCCCCUCAAAUCCGAAACCAAGGUCAUCAUCGACGUCCUCCUCCACGUCGACGACGGCUUCGAAAAGGAAGGCAUUCCCAAACCCUGCCCACCCUCCAAGCGCGGCUCCGUCGAAGUCGUCCCCGUCCUGCACUCCCUCGUCCACCGCAUCAGCUCCCUUCGCGUCUACUACCCGAACGACCUCCGCCCCGCCGACAACCGCCGCUCCGUCCUCAAAACCAUCAACGAAGUCAAGAAACGCUUCCCCGCCGGCCCGCCCCUCCUCAACCCCAUCAACGACAUGCACAUCAAGGAAAAGGACUUCCAAGACACCGUCGACCUCAUCGACAAGUUCGAGAAGCGACUCUUCGCCCACCCCCUCCACGACUCCCCCGAACUCGACAAACUCUACACCAAGUACAUGGGCAAGCUCGAGAUCGAACGCGCCCUCAAACAGGAAAAGAACUCCCUUCGCGAAGCCAAGUCCCUCCUCCACAUGGACGAACUCAAGCACCGCAAGCGCGUCCUCCGCCGACUCGGCUACUGCACCACCGCCGACGUCAUCGAGUUCAAAGGUCGCGUCGCGUGCGAACUCAGCUGCGCCGACGAACUGCUCCUAACCGAAAUGAUCUUCAACGGAACCUUCACCAACCUCACCACAGCCCAAGCGUGCGCCCUGCUCUCCUGCUUCGUGUGCGACGAAAAGAGCACGGAACUCCCCGCAGCCACGGAAGAACUGUCCGGCCCGCUCCGCCAGAUGCAGGACCUCGCGCGGCGAAUCGCCAAAGUGUCCAACGAGUGCAAGGUCGAGCUGGACGAGGAACGCUACGUGGAAUCGUUCAAGCCAUUCCUCAUGGACGUCGUGCUCGCGUGGUGCAAAGGUUCGUCCUUCCUACAACUCUGCAAGAUGACGGACAUCUUUGAGGGGUCGAUCAUUCGGUGUAUGAGGCGGCUCGAGGAGUUGCUGCGGCAGAUGGUACAGGCCUCCAAGACGAUCGGCAAUACGGACCUGGAGAACAAGUUUGCCGACGCGAUACGGCUGCUGAAGAGGGACAUUGUGUUUGCGGCGUCGUUGUAUUUGUAAUACGGAGCGCUUUUGUUGACUAAUGGAGAGAAGUGUGUAUUGCAAUAAUACAAAAUUAUCGAAUGAAAAUAAAUAAAUCGUAACAAAAAC